GUGAAGGACACUCUUCGAAAAUCUUUGCGCAAAUUAUUCUACCCAGAAUUAGGCUCAGGACAAGAUGGUGCGUGUUAUCAUCAAAGGAGGCGUUUGGCGAAACACAGAGGAUGAAAUCCUCAAAGCCGCCAUUAUGAAGUAUGGAAAGAAUCAGUGGAGUCGAAUUGCGUCUUUGCUUCACAGGAAAUCAGCAAAACAAUGCAAAGCGCGCUGGUUUGAGUGGUUAGAUCCUGGAAUCAAGAAAACGGAAUGGUCUCGGGAAGAGGAUGAGAAGUUACUUCAUCUGGCCAAGUUGAUGCCAACUCAAUGGAGAACCAUCGCUCCGAUCGUAGGACGAACGGCUGCGCAAUGUUUAGAGAGAUAUGAACAUUUGCUAGAUGAAGCUCAGCGUAAAGCUGAAGGUUUGGAUGAUGAAGCGACGGAGGCCAAAAGGCUAAAACCUGGUGAGAUCGACCCUACACCGGAGACGAAGCCUGCUCGUCCAGACCCAGUCGAUAUGGAUGACGACGAAUUGGAAAUGCUUUCUGAAGCUCGUGCCAGACUUGCCAACACUCAAGGAAAGAAGGCGAAAAGAAAGGCUCGUGAACGACAGCUGUCUGAAGCUCGUCGUUUGGCUUCACUCCAAAAGCGACGUGAAAUGAGAGAGGCAGGAUUACUUGUUCGAAGAUUCAAGCGAUUGAAGAAGAACGCUAUAGAUUAUAGUGGAGAGAUACCUUUUGAGAAAGCAGUCCCUGCUGGUUUUCACGACCCAACAGAGGAUCGUUUCGAUAAAGAUGAUUUGCAUCAAAGAGCCAUUGCUGACCAUCAAAAGCCAAGAAGAAUGGAGGUUGAAAAUGAAUUGCGAAAACAAGAUCGAGAGAAGCUCAAACGAAAGAAGCCUGAAGAUGAGCCGGAAUCAGUUUUCAAAACAAAGGAGAAGAAGAGAAGCAAGUUGAUUUUACCUGCUCCUCAAAUCAGCGAUCGGGAGAUGGAGCAGAUCAUCAAAAUCGGACACGCUAGUGACAGUGUUCGUCAGUACGCUGAUAAUGGGGCAACAAGUUCGCUUUUAACCGAUUAUGCUGCAUCUGCUCGCGCAAAUGCAGUAACUGCGCGCACGGCUCGCACACCUGCUGCAAGAGAUACAGUACAGAUGGAAGUUCAAAAUAUUCUCGCUCUGCAAAAUGUAGACACUCCACUGAAAGGAGGUCUCAACACUCCACUUCAUGAAGCUGACUUCUCGGGAAUUUUGCCCACUCCGCGAGUUCAGGCCACUCCAAAUACUGUACUGAAUGCUGUUGCCGCCACUCCUGCUAGCACUUUCGGAGCCACACCGAGCUCUGUGGGCUCUUUCACGCCUGGACCGGGAGGAGCCACGCCAGCUUUCCGUGAUCAAAUGGGUAUCAACGAAGGCGGGGCGACGAGCGGAAUUGAAGCACGAGCUGAACUACGCAGAGCGCUUGCCUCACUUCCGGAGCCUAGGAAUGACUAUGAAAUUGUUGCUCCUGAAAAUGAAGAAGGUGAAAGUGAGGAGCAGGAGGUGAAAGAGGAGGAAUGGGUAGAUGAUGCCGCUGAAGUGAAGGAGGCUAGAGCCAAGCAGCGUGCACUGAAGAGGCAACGGGAACUUGCUGCAAGGACUCAGGUUAUCCAACGUUCGUUGCCUAAACCAUCCAAAGUGUGUGACGCUGCAUUUAAACCGUCGUUGAAUAGGACAGAUAUGGCCAAGGCAGAUGAUCUGAUCAAAGCAGAAAUGGCAAGAUUAGUCGCUUGGGAUGUUCAAAACAACAUACCAAGUGAGGCAUACGAAGAGGAAGACAUCAAAAAGGCAGAUGAACUUAUAAACAAAGACUGUGAUGAUGGACCUGCCCUGGAUGCCUCAAUGUGGGCUAUCAUUGAACAAUGUAGUACGGAACUGGUACAAAGUCGAGGCAAAUUCACAAGAAUUGCUGUACUUGGUCGUGGAGAGCAAAUUGAAGCACUUCAUGCGCAGUUCCAGAUUUAUCGCGAUUGGAUGAACGCUAGAGCGAAAAAGACGGGAAAGUUGGAGAAGAAACUGAAAAUAAAAUUAGGAGGUUAUCAGGCUAUUCAUACAAAUUUGGCAUCAAAAUUGGCUGAAGUGAGAACCGAGCUGGAGAUGGCUGAGAUUGAGAAGGAGACGUUUAGGCGACUCUCGGAACAUGAAGCAAAAUCAAUCAAUAAGAGAGUCUCUCGCUUACAAGAAGAAGUACGGCAACAAGAAGCAAGAGAACGUGAGCUACAGGAAGUACAUGGGAAGCUCAAAGAUCAACACUGGAAAUUGGAACAGCUCGAGUUACGAAAUAAAGCCACCGUUGGAGCAGAACCAGUGCAGUACAAUAAUCAAGCGGUGGAAGUAUAAUCAGAGCGCUUUUAUCGCAGUUUCAUUGUAUUUAUUUGCAUCUAUUGUUACUAAACAUUUCUGUGACUC